CAAAAGUGGGUCGACUCGUGAAGGCGUGCAUAUGGCGUCUGGCUGAGGAAAAAAAAAAUCAAGGUAAAUGUGAGAUUGAUCAUUCUGACUGAGCGUCUUCCAGACAGCAUGACACUUUACCUUUGUCUCCCUCUGCUGGCUGUGCUGCUGAAGCCAGCUGUGUGUCUCUAUACCUGCUCAUCUGAGUAUAAUAGGACCCCAGACAAUUCAGACCUGUCAGUUGACUGUGGCACCAGUAUGAUCACCCUGGAGGUCAACCUGUGUACGGCUCAGUGGUCAGGCUUCAACACCUCAGACCUGGCUCUGAACGGGAACCACAACACCACAGACUGCUUGGGCUCUAUCGACACCAGUGUGAACCCUCCAGUCAUUCGUUACGAGCUUCCUGUUAACCACAGUCUGAACAACCCCUGUCGCCAGUCUCUGCAGAUUGUGGACGAGGCCCCAGAUCCCUCAGGUCCCUUCAGUAGCUUCUCAAGUAUCCAGUCAGUUAUCAUCACUGGGUAUAUUGACACACCCAGAUCUGACCAAGGGGUGAUCAGCUACUCUACAGACCUGUACUAUCAUUUCUCCUGCCGCUACCCGCUGGAAUACCUGGUUAACAACACCGAGAUUGUGGCCUCCUCAGUUUCUGUGGCGACCAGCGAUAACAAUGGAACCUUCAUUGAUACACUGAAAAUGGCGGUUUUUAACGACACCGACUACAGCUACCCAUUAACGGUACCUUCAACAGGACUUCAGCUACGAACCAUGGUCUAUGUGGAGGUCAAGGCUGUUAACCUCACAGGAAAUUUCAAUUUACUGCUGGAUCACUGUUUUGGUACUCCCACUGCUUACAACAUGACACACACUGAACAGCACAACUUCUUCACCGGCUGUUCAGUGACUGAAAGGACAUCUGUGACAAGCAACGGCGUUUCCAAGGUCGCCCGAUUUAACUUUGAGGCCUUUCGCUUUGUUCAGCACCGUGACCAGGCAAGGUCCAGCAUCUACCUGCACUGCAUAAUGAGACUCUGUGAGCCCAACAAAUGUCAAGAGCUGCUGAAUUCUUGUAAUCGCAGAAGAAAAAGAUCUUUGGCUCCAUUUGGAAAAGAAAGUACCGAUUCUGCCACUGUUUCAGCUGGACCUCUUUACAUGGCCGGUGAAGACAGACCAUCUGCAGCUGCCUACAAUGAUGACAUGGAAUCAGAGUCGGAUGACUUGAACGUGACGGGGCUGGUGGUAGGAUUGGUGUUUGGCUCGGCUGCAGCUGCCAUGCUGGUUCUGGGUGGCUGGUGUGUCCUAAAGAAGUUUGCUUUGACGGGUGGAUUAUUUCAUGCCUUUGCCUGACAGAUCAACUGGCAAUUUGUCUGCACUUCGUCACCUCAUAUCGUAACAGGUUUUAAUCUGGUAAUCUUGUGUUUUUUUCAGGCAUAAUCAAAUGUUCUUGUCAGGUGGAAACAAAGCAAAUACACUGGUGUCUUAUGUAACUUUUUCUGUCUACACUUAAUGCAUCAGCAUUCAGGAGUCAUUUAUUGGUUUUAAAAGAAAAGUCAAAUCUCAACUAGAUGUAAAAAGAAAGGUAACAUUACAAGAAUGGAAACAAUCAAAGUAAUUUUAAUAUUUUUAUAUGGUCAUAAAUUUGCUUUGACCAUGGCUGACCACUGAGUCUUACCAGUUUGUACCAGUUUUUAUAUAUGUAUAUCUCUAAGCACAUUAAAAUCUGCAGUGUAUGAGUCAGACCUCUUUUGCACAGAUUAAAAAUAAAGUUUGAAAUCAGGUUGGUGUUGCACUUUGUGGUUUAUAUUAUGUAAUUAAAAGAUACUAACAGGCAAUUUGUGUGCACUUUUUAAAAGCAGCAUCUUUUUUACAGUAAACACAUUCUGACAUUUACACACUGAUUCACAUACAGAAAAAAACAAAACAAUUCAUCAAUCAAAACCAUACCUCAAUAAAUAUUUACAUGCUACUUACUUUGCUAGUACAAUGACAAACAA